AGAUAUGACACCAGAUUCAGGUUAUUGUGAUGAUGAUGAUGAUGAUGAUUUACAUAUAUCAUGUAUUAAAAAUAAUGAAUUUUAUUUAAAAAAUCAAUCAAUUUAUUCAUUAAAUGAAUUAUAUGAUGAAUUAAAUAUAUCAAUUAAAAAUUUAUCACAUAUACUUGUACAAGAAUUAGCUAAUCGAGAUGAACUUGAAUAUGAAAAAGAAACAAAAAAUACAUUUAUUUCGCUUGUACUCAGUAUUCAAAAUAAACGUCGACAUUAUCAAAAUGAUAAACAUGAAAAAUGUCGUACAAUAGUUGGAAAUAACAAUUAUACGGAACCGGGAACAUAUUUAACAACAAUAAUACCAUUUGAUCGUGAUCAUCCAACAUAUUUAUCAGUUGAACAUUUAGAAAAUUUAAAUAAAAUUCUUCAUGCUAUUAAUGAAGAUAGUGUUCAAGUAACAGAAUUAUUAACAAAUUAUAUUCUCAAAGUUCUAUGUCCAUAUUAA